AUGGCAGUUAGGAUUGUGAAACAUGCCAUGGAAAUCAUUCAUCUUCUAACUGAUCAAAACCCAAUCCAAGUUAUUGUGGAUGCCGUGAUUAACAGGUGCAUUAUUGGGUUUUAUGCUGAUGCCACUCGAAUUGGUUCUGCUAGUGUUGUCAGGCGUCAGGCUAUGGAUAUCUCUCCUCUGAGGCGUGUUAACCAGGCCAUCUAUCUCCUUACCAUUGGUGCUAGGGAAGCUGCUUUCAGAAACAUCAAGACCAUUGCAAAAUGUUUGGCAGACGAGCUUGCUAAUGCUGCAAAGGGCUCUUCCAACAGUUAUGCCAUCAAGAAAAAGGAUGAGAUUGAAAGAGUUGCUAAGGCCAACCGUUGA